AUGCUUCCGCUCACCUGUGCCGCAGUGGUCCGUUUGGUGAAAAAGUUCCACGGGAACGGGAAUGUGGCGGACCAAAUGGGUUCUGGCAUGUGGCUGCUCAGCAUGGCCAAGCAGGUGCUGCCGAUCCAAGGCGGGCGGAGGGAGUUUUCGGAGACGAAGCUCGGAGAGCAUGAGGCCGAGAUUUUGCAGACGAUGCAAUGGCAGAUCCGGGAACCACUGCAGCAGCAGUUGCUGACGGUGUACUGCAGGCGUUUCGGUGCCCUGACUUCACAGCAAUACGAGCCUGAAAUCGCCUGGGUCAAGCAGAAAUCCAUGUUCUUUGCCCGCUUGCUGCUCUUCGUUGAGGCGACUUCCACACGCAACCCGCCUCGAAAAUUCGCCCUGGGCAUGUUCUGCCUUGGCCUGGCGUGGAGACAGAUGCUAUCACAGGAGUGCCUUGCGUGCCUUUGCCCGGACGAUGUCCAGGUCGCCGACUGGAUCUCUGCCCUGCAGCAGCUCAACCUGCCUGGGCAUGUCGAACCCGCCCCCCACUCGCUGGUUGAGGAGCUACCUCUCAUUGAGGCGGCCACGGCCGCCAGCAGACGCGAACUUCAGGUGGCCACACGCCAGGUUGUACAUAAAUUGCUGGAGUUGCGCGCCAACCACCCAACGAUGCUAGCAGCAUUGAAUGCCUAG